AGGGCGGCGGGACCCGGCGGGGGGGGAGCCGAGGCGAGGAGGCGGCGGCAGCAACGUGCGGCCGGGCCGGGCCGGGCCGGGCCGGGCACGGGGGAGCGGCGGUGGGGCCGGGAGAGGAGAGGCCGCCCCGGGGGGACAAUGGAGCUUCGCCCCUGACCGCGGAAGCCGAGCCGGGGAAGGCGCCGGUGUGUGUCGGAGGGGGAGAGCCGCUGCUAACAGGUGUCCGCCCUUGUCUCGGCGCAGGUCGGCGGCUGGCGCUGCGGACGCGUUCCGGCCUGCUAACGGGUCUGUUUUCAAGACGUUUUAGCCAUGACUAAGAGAGAUGCAGAAGAGCUGAUAGAAAUAGAAAUUGAUGGAACUGAGAAACAGGAAUGCACUGAAGAAAGCAUCGUUGAGCAAACCUACACCACAGCAGAAUUUGUGAGUCAAGCUAUUGAUAUCAAUGAACCAAUUGGAAAUCUUAAGAAGUUGUUGGAACCCAGGUUGCAGUGUUCCUUGGAUGCACAUGAAAUUUGCCUGCAAGAUAUCCAGCUGGACCCAGAUCGAAGCCUUUUUGACCAAGGAGUAAAAACAGAUGGAACGGUACAGCUCAGUGUGCAAGUAAUAUCUAGGCAAGGGAUAGAGCCCAAGUUAAACAUCCUUGAAAUUGUGAAGCCUGUGGAAACUGUGGAGGUAGUGAUUGAUCCAGAUGCUCAUCAUGCAGAGGCUGAAGCUCACCUUGUUGAGGAAGCUCAAGUGAUAACCUUAGAUGGAACAAAACACAUCACAACAAUUUCAGAUGAGACGUCCGAACAGGUGACACGAUGGGCCGCAGCACUGGAAGGCUACAGAAAGGAGCAGGAGCACCUUGGGAUACCCUAUGACCCUGUGCAGUGGUCAACAGACCAGGUGCUCCACUGGGUGGUGUGGGUGAUGAAGGAGUUCAGCAUGUCAGACAUUGACCUUAAUGCACUCAGCAUUCCUGGGCGUGAACUCUGCAGCCUCACUCAAGAGGACUUCUUCCAGCGAGUCCCACGUGGAGAAAUUCUCUGGAGUCAUUUGGAACUUCUUCGAAAGUAUGUGUUGGCUAGCCAAGAACACUCUGGAGAAAUAGCAACCGUUACUAUUGAUCAGCCUGUGCAGAUUAUUCCAGCAUCUGUACAGCCUGCAACCCCGACCACCAUUAAAGUAAUAAACAGCAGUGCAAAGGCAGCUAAAGUACAGAGAGCUCCAAGGAUCUCUGGGGAAGAUAGAAGUUCCCCUGGGAACAGAACAGGAAACAAUGGCCAGAUCCAGUUGUGGCAGUUUUUAUUAGAACUUCUCACUGACAAGGAUGCUCGGGACUGUAUUUCUUGGGUUGGUGAUGAAGGAGAGUUUAAAUUGAACCAACCUGAACUGGUUGCACAAAAAUGGGGUCAGCGCAAAAACAAACCCACAAUGAACUAUGAGAAGCUUAGUCGGGCUUUGAGAUAUUACUAUGAUGGAGACAUGAUCUGCAAAGUGCAAGGCAAGAGGUUUGUCUACAAAUUUGUCUGCGACUUGAAAACUCUCAUUGGAUACAGCGCAGCAGAGUUGAAUCGGUUGGUAACAGAAUGUGAGCAAAAGAAACUGGCCAAGAUGCAGCUUCACGGCAUUGCUCAGCCAGUUACAGCAGUAGCACUAGCUACAGCAUCCCUGCAAACAGAGAAAGAUAAUUAAGCACUAGGACCUAAAAGUGGGAGCCUGAGGCCUUUCCUGUAUAACCAGAGCAGUUGCUCUUAGUUUUAUCAGAAUUUGAAGCUUCUUCUGUUUCUUCACAGUACAAUACAGUGCAUGAUUUUCUACAAAGAACUGGGAUUGCCAUAAAUUUGGAUCUUUUAACAGCAUAUGUUUCAGUGUAAGUUAAGGGAUCAUUGCAGCUUCUGCAACUUUGAGUCAGGGCCUCUGUGGUAUACAGUCUGAAAUUGGGGAGAGAAGUCGAACUGGUCAGUGUUCUGUGCCCACAGCUCUACGAAAUAUUUUUUGCAGUGCUUUUAACAAAAAUGAAGUACAUACAGUAAGCAGGCUGAUCAGUUUGUCUGGAUUCAGUUCUUUCCAGUCUUUUGUUCUCUGCUGAACUACUAAAUGGAAUUUGAUGCUUUCAAAGUUAAACAUGUUCAUUAUUCUCAUUUAAUCAAGCAGAGUUGAAAGACAUAUUAAACAUUACAAAGCAUUAGGUUCUUAAAAUGACUUCCGUGUUUAUAAGCAAAGCAAACUAAGACUAGACCGAACUGAAGAUCUGUGCUGAAGAAGGAGAUCCAGGUUUAGAUCUGGCUUAGGUGAAAAGCCAAUUAUGAGUAUUCGUUGUAAUAUGUAGAUAAUAUGCGUAUAUGAGGGCAAGUACUUACCUGUUUUGAAAGACAUUGUUGAUGCUAGACAUUUAACAAAAAAACAACUCCCCCCCCCCCCCCCCCCAUCAGGUGAUUCAAAAACUUGAAAAAAUAUCCCUUGCCCAAAGAGUAGUUUGCUUUGGUGGUUUUUUUUUAAUGCUCUGUUCUGCAAGGUGCUUAUACCUGCAUGGUAGUCAACCUUAGUAACUGAAGACCUAAGUUAAUCACAGUCAGUAGUCCCUUCCUGUUUAGAAACAAAAUGCAAAUUGGAAAUAGUUUUAAAGAGAACUGAAGUUCGAUUUCCAAAUUAUUGUACAGUCUGACAUAUAUAGAAAUACAAAGAUGUGUAACUUUUAUUUAAAAUUAAUUUCUUUCUGAACUUCAAAUGAUGUUUUUGAAGCUUCAUAAGCCAAAUGCAUGCUCCAGAGCUGGGUGCAAUUCGAAGUCUGGAUGAUGAAUAGAAAUAGUUGGAAUGUAAUCUGAAUUCUGAGACACUAGUAUAGAGAGUAGUUCAUGCAAAUGUGCAGUAAAAAGUAGGCUGCAAUGUUUGAGCUUCUAUACUGAUGCCGAUUGGACUUUCUUUUGAUGUCUGAAAAUAGCAUGGUUUUGUUUUGGUUUUGCCCCUUCAUGUUAUUAAACAGUGUAAAUAUUUACAUCACAAGGCAUAUUUUGCAACUUUUCAUAAUUGACGCCCCCCCCCCCCCCUUCCCAACACUUCACAGUUAAUUAAAAUGAAAAUGGUUAAGGGAAAGCCUUUAAUUCUGUGAGAGUGAGCUACCCUUAAACCUUAAAUCAAAAGUGCUUGUACAGAGAGUUUCUAAACAUAAAAUUUCUUUAUACUGAGUAGUGAGAGCACUGGGCUGUUGCUCUUGAUCUGAAAAGGAAUGGUCAUGCUUGCAGUCAGAAGGCAGGAAAUACAGAAUACUCUUCUUUAUGGUUAUUUUAAAAAUGUAUUGAGGACAGACUUGUUUUGUUUUAUAGGUGGAUGUUCAUCUGCAGAUAGCUUUUGAUACGUUAGAAAUCUUGCAUGCAUUUCUAGUCUACUUUUUUCGUUACCUCCACAGUUAUAACAUUUUCUUGACAAUAACAUUUUCUUGACAGAUUCUUUCAAUAACUCUUAAUAUUGUUUUCUUUCUUGGGUGCUUAAAGCACUCCAUCUGCUAAGCAUGUUGGCUUUUUUUUUUUAAUAGUUUUUUUAAACCCUGAGCAAAGUAUGUGUCUGUCACAAGAGGUCAAUUGUCAAUCCACUUCUUACUGUUAAAAUAGUCUAAUUCCACCAGUUGGCAAGUGUUUGAGGUGACUUGCGCAAAUAGAUGUAGAUUUGCUUACUAAUAAUAAGAUAAAGCUGAUAGUUCAGUGGCAGCAAUGAUGUAUAUAACACUGCUCCAUUACUAAACAAAAGUCCAAAACAAGUAACUAGUUAUAUUUAGCAGAGUUCAUGAAAGGCCUUUUAAAGUUAAAAUACAGUACAAAAAGAAGAGCUUAAAAUAUUUUUACUAAAUAGAACUGGACUGCAGUAGGAUAAACUGAUAGCAAAGUUGAAAUGUAAUAUCAAUACUUUAUCCCCCUGAAUGUUCUUAUUACAUGAUAAGCCCUCUAGGGAGAAGUUCUGAUAUCACACUUUCUUUGUAAAUACAUCUGAUUAUUAUUUUGAAGCUUUUCAGUGGGUAUGAUACAGUCCUUUGGUUCUUUAUUGUGGGAUCAUCUGCUUUUCCACCUUGUUCUAAUUGGUAAAGAAGAAAUCUUUUAAACAAUUAUAAAAUCAGUCACAUUUUCUGCAGCUGAGGGAAAAACCUGUGACUAACUUGAUGUCUUCAAUGAAAUAAAAGAUGUAGGAUAUAUUGUCAAGAGUUGUUCUGUUGCUGCCAGAAGGAAAACACAGAAAGAAUAUUCCCAUUUUUUUGUAAAACAGAAGGUUUUUUGCAUACUUUUUACUCUUUAAAUAAAGACACUUAUACUCUGCUAAAA